GGGCGUGGGGGCGGCGCUUCGGUUGCCGGGGCAGGGGCGGGCCGGGCAGCGCCGUCGCGGCCGUCGUCAUCCUCAUCACCGUCAUCGCCAUGAGUCAAGAUGAGAGAUAUGCUUUCAUUGCUGAAUGGUAUGACCCAAGUGCUUCACUCUUUCGGCGUUAUGAACUUCUGUAUUAUCCAAAAGAUUCAUCAAUUGAAAUGUACGACGUGAAGAACCGUCGCACAUUUCUGAGGCGCACCAAGUACGAGAGCUUGCACCUCGAGGAUCUCUAUGUGGGCAGCAAAGUCAUGGUGUUCUCCCGGCACCUCACCAUUGUGGACUAUGGGAAUCUGUACACGUCUCGCAAGCUUGGGAGCCGCGAGGAGAGAACGCUGGCUUUGAUUAAGCCUGAUGGAAUGCAUAAGAUGGGAGAAUUAUUUGAUAUCAUUAUUAAUGCUGGAUUGACAAUAACUAAAGCCAAAAUGAUGCUGCUUUCAAGAAAAGAAGCAGCUGAUUUCUACGCUGACUAUCGAGCAAAACCUUUUUAUCAUGAUCUUCUCCAGUUAAUAAUGAGUGGCCCCAUCCUUGCUAUGGAGCUCUUAGGAGACGAUGCAGUGAGUAAGUGGAGAGUAAUAGUGGGGCCAGCAAACCCUACAACAACUGAGAGUGAUACACUGGACAGCAUCUCAGAGAGCUUUGGACUUUGUGGCCUCGGAGAUGCAGCUCAUGGCCCAGAUUCAGUUGCUUCAGCUGCUAAAGAGCUGGAGUUGUUCUUCCCCUCCAGUGGAGGUCGUGGACCAGUCAGCAGUGCAAAAUUCACAAACUGUACUUGUUGCAUUAUUAAGCCUCAUGCUGUUAAUGAAGGGCUUUCUGGGCAGAUUAUAAAAGCCAUCCUUAAGGAAGGAUUUGAGAUCUCAGCUUUGCAGAUGUUCAACAUGGAGCGUCCAAAUGUGGAAGAAUUUUAUGAGAUUUACAAAGGUGUUGUCCCUGAAUACCUGGAGAUGGUUUCAGAGUUGUGUUCAGGCCCUUGCAUAGCAAUGGAGAUUAGACAAUUUGAUCCUUCAAAAGUGUUCAGAGACUUCUGUGGUCCUUCUGACCCUGCAUUGGCCCGUCACCUCCGACCUGGAACUCUGCGUGCUGUCUUUGGGAAGGACAAGAUUCAGAAUGCUGUUCACUGCACAGAUCUGCCUGAAGAUGGACUUUUAGAGGUGCAGUACUUCUUCAAGAUUCUGGACAGCUAACAGGCUCAUCCACUGCAACAGACACGCACACAGAACUGUGUGUUCAUUCAUUUAUUUGUCCAAUAUUUCAACCUGACUGAAAUACAAGAUCAACAAGAGCACUGUACUCCUGGCUAUUAUUACAUGUUAGAACAUAGAGUUUUGCACUUUAGACAACAUUUAACACCAUUCUAUGGGGUACUGCAUUGCUUUUAUAAAGUUUAAAAUAAAGAUUUAUUUUCAAACA